AUGCUCAUCGGAAAGCUGUCCCUCAUCGCGGGCCUGGCGACGUCAGCCGCCGCCGGCGCCGUGCCCAAUGUCAAGGCAGACUUUAGCUGUGGCGUCCACACCCCGACCCGUGGCCAGAUUGAGGCUCACCGGAAGCUGGACUCUCUCGAAAAGGCUGCCCGUCUCAACGGCGUCGCUGAGCGUGCCAACAUUAACGUUGAUUUGUACUUUCACGUGGUGUCUGCGUCUCAAAGCGGUGCCAACUUUCUCGAUGAUAACGUAGUCAAGAAGCAAGUCCAAGUCCUCAACGAGGAUUACGCCCCGGGCGGAAUCUCCUUCAUCCUUCGCGAUACCACCCGGACCGUGGACAGGGACUGGGCCACCAACCGCAACGAGCUGGCCAUGAAGCAAAAGCUCCACCGCGGCGGCCCCAGAGACCUCAACCUGUACUUCCUGGACCGUCUCGAGGACGACGGCUACGGAAUCUGCACGUUCCCAGAGCGCUUGUCCGAGCCCAAUGGAACGACCCUCGAUGGCUGCCUCGUCAAAGCUUCGACUGCGCCUGGUGGCGCCGCUUCCCGGUUUAACUUGGGCAAGACGGCAGUCCACGAGGUCGGUCAUUGGUUUGGCCUGUUGCAUACAUUCGAAUCACACAGCAACGGCACCAAGGCCUCGGGCUGCAAGGGACCUGGCGACUACGUGUCUGACACCCCGGCCUCAGAUAGCCCCUCUAGGGGAUGCCCAACGGGUCGAGAUUCCUGCCCCGCCCCAGGUCUUGACCCUAUUCACAACUACAUGGACUACUCGGACGAUGCGUGUUACACAGAAUUCUCCCAGGGCCAAAUUGCUCGAAUGCACAGCUACUGGCUCAAUUAUCGCAAAUGA